ACCUGGAUUGCCUUUCUUUGAUAUUUUAAGCAGGAAUGAAAAUGUGAGAUGGGUUUUGGGCAGAAAACGAAAAGGAGCUUCAUUUGACCAUGCUGAGCAUGCUCCAAUGCUUGUGAGCAUGCUCAGAUACACAGGCAAGGGUUCGUUGAGGAGUAGGAAAGACCGUUGCUACACCCGCCAAAGGCCGUGCGACGCUCCUCGAGCGAGCCUCCCACCCAAUCCUGUAGGCCGGUUGCUGGGUGGGGCAGGCCCAAAAGGGCGUAGGCGUGCCAGCAGUUUUGCCAGCUAGCACGGUCAGCCGGUUGCGCAGGGCUUCAUGGCGUCCAGUUACCCGUAUGGGCAGGGCUAUCCUGGUUCUGCAGGACAAGCACCAGGCGCUCCACAAGGUGGCUACCCUGGAGGCCAAUAUGGAGGUAGACUGCCUCCUGGGGGCUCCUACGGUGGGCCAGCACCUGGUGGUCCUUAUGGGCCACCAUCAAGUGGAGGAGCUUACGGCCACCCAGCCUCUGGGCCUCCCAGUGGCAUGUACGGAGGAAGCCCAGCACCAGGCGGGCCUUACGGACAACCCUCUACUAACCCAUAUGGUGCCCCUCAGCCUGGGCCCUAUGGGGCAGGAGGGGCUGGAGCAGGAAACAUUCCCCCUGGCGUGGACCCAGAAGCCUUCUCUUGGUUCCAGAGUGUGGAUUCUGACCACAGCGGCUGUAUCUCCAUUAAAGAGCUCAGGCAGGCCCUUGUCAACUCCAACUGGUCUGCCUUCAAUGAUGAAACUUGCUUGAUGAUGAUGAACAUGUUUGAUAAAAGCAAGUCCGGGCGGAUGGAUCUCUAUGGAUUCUCGGCCCUGUGGCGCUUCAUCCAGCAGUGGCGGAACCUUUUCCAGCAGUAUGACCGAGACCAAUCAGGAAGCAUUAAUUGUAAUGAGCUGCACCAAGCCCUCUCCCAGAUGGGAUACAAUCUGAGCCCCCAGUUCUCCCAGCUGCUACUGCAACGCUACUCCCAGAAGGCCACCAAUCCUGGCAUCCAGCUGGACGGUUUCAUCCAGAUCUGCACCUUGCUCCAGACCAUGACCGAAGCCUUCCGGGAGAAGGAUAGCGGCACGGGCAGUGCCCGGAUCAACUAUGAAGACUUCCUGAUGAUGUCAGCCACCCGCAUGCUGUGAUGCCCUUCUCUCUGGAGACUAGUGUGUGGAACUUGGGAGGUGUCGAUGACCAUGCAAGAGACUGUUGGCGUUUUCAGCAAAGCUCUAGAAGGAAAACCCACUGUCAAAAAGAAGGCAGCCACAUCUGAAGGACGUUGCAUUGUGAAGAAAAAUGAAGCUGCUGUUUUCCGUUGAUUCGCAUAAUGCCAGAUGCUUAAGCACUGUUGGAUAGAUCCUCUGACAGAGUGAUAUGGUUGGUUUGCUCGUACUAGCCAGCCACAAAACAGCCUCUCGUAGUUAUUAGGGACAAACCACAUAAAGCCAACAUCUGAGUGCCAGGGUCAAUUCCUCAGUGGCCAUGAGAACCUCCUCCCAGAGGCGUUUUCUCCCCAGAUGAGUGUCCAUCUUAGUUUACACUCCAGCAAGAUGGUUGUUGGGCAGGUUGAACAAUGCCUCUUGCCUCUGAAUGACUUGUCUGGACUCUGGAAUUUGCUCUGACUUCACAAAUGUCUGCUGCCUCUGGCAGUUUUGUAUUGCCAAAGCAGUAAACCACACCUAGGUGAGAGGAGUUGGGCUCCAGCUUCUGCACUCCUUGGACUCCCUUUCAAGCGCAGAUCCCAUCCAGGGGUGAUAAGAUGUUGGGCCAAAGCUUCACGCUGUUCCCUGGGGGCCACUUCCCAGCCCAGGGACUCCCUAUGCCGUGCUCAAGUACAAAAGCAUUCUGGCCAAAGACCAAUCUAGCCCCAUUUCUUUUCAGUUGCCAACUUUUUGCUUGUGAUUUUUGUAAGUACCAAAAUCAUGGAUCAUUGAUGUGUUGGUAUGAGAUUUAUACCUAGGUUUAAAAAAAAAAAAAAAGGCUUAACCACAAUAAAGAAUCCUAAGCACCAUGAAA